UUACUCCUUCCCUUUUUUAUUUUAUUAAUUUUAUUUUUAUUAUUUUAUAAUUAUUUUUUAUUUUUUAUAAAUUUUAUAAAUUUGUAAAUUCUAUAGAUUUUUGUAAAUUUGUUAAAAUAAUUUUUAUAAUGUCAGAAAAUGACGCUAAAAAAACAUCCGAUGAUGAUGAAAAUGGUGAAAAUUUAGAAAAAACUGUAAACCCGUCCACAGCAAACGAUUCCCCAAAUACCACCGAAAAUCCACCAGAUAAUCCACCAGAAAAUGUGGAAAAUGUGGAAAAUCCACUGGAAAAUGUGGAAAAUCCACUGGAAAAUGUGGAAAAUAAAGCUAACGACGCUGUGGAUGAGAUGUUAAAGUUAUUUUACGAGGAGAUAAACACGUUGAGCGGCAAGGUCGAGUAUGAUAAUAAGAAUAUAAAGUUGGAUUCCAAGGGUUUAAUCCUGAGGCUAACCUCGCAAACGUUCUCAAGUCCCUACCAAGUCCUACAACUUAAACCAGACGCCACCGAAGAAGAUAUCAAACAACGAUACCACAAAUUGAGUUUAUUGGUACAUCCGGACAAGUGUAAACAUGAUAAGGCACCGCAGGCUUUUCAAGUAUUGAAGGACGCGUAUAAUGAGAUAAAGAAGGUGGACAUAAGGGAGAAGUACAAGGAAAUCUACGAGGAUGCCCGGAAAAUCGUCUACAAACGGCAUAAAAUCAAACUCGACACCACUCAACUUGAAUUGUAUAGUAUGGGAAGGGACGUGGAUUUGAAGAGUUUUGAGGGCGAGAUAGAGAAGGAGUGCGUUAACAUCCUGAACAAACAACAGGAACGCAGAGAAUACGCCGAAAACUGCAUCAAAGCUAAUAUACAAUACGAAAAAAAUAUUCAGAGUAAUUUGAUGAAUUUGGAGAAGGAGAAGUUACAGCACCAAGUUGAGUGGGAUAAAACCAGAGACCUAAGAGUCAACUCCUGGAAAUCAUUCCAAAGUAAGAUGGUGGGAUUGGCGCCAAAAGGAGUGACGGUGAGAAAGGAGGAGAACAGGGACAUAAAUGUGAAUAAGUCAAUAAUAAAUCUACAAUCUAAUCGCAUAAAUAAAAGAAAAAAGAUUAUCGACACCACUCAACUUUACAAACAAAAUUGGAAAUAGUCAACCGUACAACUCCUAGUACUCUUUACCCUCUGUAGUAGUAAUAUUGUGUAAUAAUUUGUUUAUAGAACUUUUCAAUUGAGGGUUUUGAGUGUGAAUUCUCCGAAUAACUGAAGUAAUUUCCUCU